AUGGCCUCUCCUACCCACAGGGAAGCAGUGUUGAAAUCUCUGGCAAGCAUCCAAGUUCCAAUUGGGACCGAUUCGGCACAACUAGCGAGACUAGUAGGAGCCGCGUACGUAGUGAACUCAUUGAUGUUUGCAGAUGCUGAUCUCCCUCUUAAAGGUUCGAACCACACAAGGGCUUUACACAUAACCAUUGAUUGCAGAGGAUGUCGAAUUCCCCAAGUAUUGGUAGACAAUGGGUCGGCGUUGAAUGUUUUCCCUCUCAGGACCUUUAAACAUUUGGGAUUUGAUGAAGCCGAGAUGAAGCCAUCUAGUCAAUGUGUUCGAGCUUAUGACAACACCAGGAGGAGCGUGUUGGGAAUUUUCACUGUGGUGAUAGUAGUUGGACCGGCAGAAUUCGAGGUAGACUUCCAAGUUAUCGAUAUUCCUGCGUCUUUCAAUAUGAUUUUAGGCCGUCCAUGGUUACACAAGGCUGGGGCAGUUUCCUCUUCCCUUGACCAAAAGAUAAAAUUUUUGUUCAAAGGGCAGGUGAUCACUGUCUUGGCAGAUCCUGACUUGGUCAGCAUGAUGGCAUCUGUUGAUGUGGGGGAAAGUAACAAUGGUGAGACAUCUGAAGUUCGUUUGGGAGGUUUUGAGUUGGGCAGUAUCAAUGCAACUUUGGGGCCUAGUUCACCGAGAGAGAGAUUUGCUUUGACAGAGUUUAACAUCACCAACCCCGGAGUAACCAACAUGCUUCUUAAAAUGAAGUAUUUUCCAGGCAUGGGCCUAGGGGUGCGACAACAGGGUGACCCAGAUAUUUUAUCUCUGAAUGUGAACACACAACGCUUUGGCCUUGGUUAUGUUAUGACAGAGGAGGACCAACAAAAGAUAGCAGCCAAGAAGCAAAAAUAUGACAGAAAUUUCAAGAGAUAUGAAGGGUUGAAAUACAAGAAUGAGGGGAAGAAUUUGAUCCAUAUGCUUAGCAACGAGGAAAGUUCUGAAGGAAAGGCAAUAGAGGCAGGUUAUCAGCAGAACAAGACUAUCAAGUAUGGGCUAGUGAAGGUUUCAAAGUGGAACAACAUGGAAGAUGGAUCUGAGACCGUCAAUGUGACUCCCUAUUUCAAAACUCUGAAUGGUUAUUUCGUCAAGGAAGGGCAGGAUUUCUUCUAUUGCGGAUUCCCAGAACCAUGGUUAGAUGUGUUUUCAGGGGAGAGGCUACCAGGCUUUGAGAUCUUCUUUGAUUGCGCGAUUAAUUGGGCAGAGUUAGAACAUUACUCACUGAAGCAGUUUGAACAGGUCCAACAGGGACACACGGAGGAAGACCUAGAUGUUAGCGGUCUCUUCGAUGAGGAGAUCAUGAUGAUUGGUGGGACCAAUGAAUCUAAGGCACCUUCACCCCACUUGUUGAUUCAUCGUGCUGAGGGCGUCAUUCCUAACUGGAGCUGUUUGGAUGAGUUUGUUUACCCUGAGGAGCCAAAAUUUGUACCUGAAGAGUCGGCCAUGUCUGGGCCUAAGUCCUUUAAGUUUGUAGGCAGUCCACUAGUUGUUUCUCCUUUUGUUUCUCUCCAUGUCGGAGAAGCCGUUCCAACAAAAGAUUCGGCGCAUGCGUCCGGUUUGGAUUUGAUGGUAAAAGAGGAGAUUGCCAAGCAACUCAGUGUAGGGUUCAUUGAGGUGACGAGGUAUACUGAAUGGUUGGCAAAUGUCGUAGUUGUACCAAAGAAGGAUGGUCGGAUUAGGGUAUGUGUGGAUUAUAGGGACAUUAAUAGAGCGAGCCCCAAAGAUAAUUUUCCCUUACCACACAUCGAUCUUUUAGUGGAUAAUACUGCGGGGCAUGCGCUUCUAUCAUUCAUUGAUGGGUUUUCUGGUUACAAUCAGAUCCAAAUGAAUCCCAAAGAUAAAGACAAGACGUCUUUCACUACGGAUUGGGGCACUUAUAAAUACAGGGUGAUGCCUUUUGGUUUGAAGAAUGCCGGUGGUUUGCUUUUGGGGUUCAUGGUAAGUGAGAGAGGCAUUGAGAUUGACCCAUCCAAAAUCAAAGCGAUAACAGAAAUGUCACCUCCUCAAACGGAGAAGGAAAUUCGAGGGUUUUUAGGAAGGAUCCAAUACAUUAGUCGGUUCAUUUCUCAAUUGACAGCCAUAUGUGAACCGAUCUUCAAAUUACUGAAAAAGGAUCAACCUAAGAGGUGGAAUCCUCAAUGCCAAUUGGCUUUUGAUCGCAUCAAGAGCUACUUGGUAAACCCACCAAUCCUCAUUCCCCCUACUCCAGGAAGGCCAUUGUUGUUGUAUCUCUCUGUAUUAGAAACCUCCAUGGGAUCGAUGGUGGCUCAACAUGGUCUAGAUGGGCAUACAGAGCAAGUGAUUUAUUACUUUAGUAAGAAGUUCACAGACUGUGAGACAAGGUACACAACCCUGGAGAAGACUUGUGCAGCUUUGGUUUGGGCAACAAGGAGGUUGAGACAUUACAUGUUGACCUGUUCAGUCUUUUUGGUAUCCAGAAUGGAUCCCAUCAAGUGUCUUUUUGAGAAACCCGCAUUGACAGGCAGAUUAGCACGUUGGUUAUUGCUCUUAGCGGAGUUUGACAUUGUGUAUGUCACCUAUAAGUCCAUCAAGGGUAGUGUCAUCGCUGAACAUCUAUCCGCACAUCCAGUUGUUGAUACGAGGCCUUUGAAUGACAUAUUUCCAGAUGAUGUAGUUUCUGUUGAGGUUGAAAAUGUGGUUGGCAUUUGGCAAAUGUUCUUUGAUGGAGCCGCCAAUCAUAAAGGUUGCGGAGCCGGAGUUCUACUUAUAACUCUUGAAGGGUUGAACAUGCCCAUGGCAUAUAGGUUGGACUUUGAGUGCACUAACAACAUGGCCGAGUAUGAAGCUUGCCUCAUGGGAUUGAAAGCAGCCAUCUCUAUUGGGGUCAAAAGAUUGGAAGUAUACGGAGAUUCGUCGAUUGUCAUAUGCCAAGUCCAAGGUAAGUGGAAAACAAAGGAGGAAAAGUUAAAACCAUACCAAGGGUGUGUAGAGUCUCUAAUGAAGCAGUUCACAGAAAUUAAUUUUGACUAUUUCCAGAGGGACAAUAACAGGUUUGCCGAUGCUUUGGCUACUCUCGCAUCGAUGGUAGAUUUUGGUCCGGGUGAGCAAAUACAACCAUUCAUUAUAGAUCGGAGAGAUCAUCCUUCACAUCAAGGCUUCGUCAACGCCCUGACUGUAGAUGGUAGGCCUUGGUUUGCCCAUAUUAUGGAUUUUAUCAGAGAGGGGAAGUACCCUGCAGAUGCUACCCAAGGAGAUAAAAGGUUCCUGAGGUGUUAUGCCACCUAA